UUCGAUACCUCUCUUCUUGGCCGUCCAAGCAUCCAACAUUGCUGUCUGCAAGGAGCUUCUCUCAAACUUCAAGGAGGAGCAGUUAAAGCAUUCCAGAGAUGAGGAUGGAGAUACAGUCCUUCAUUUAGCUUGUAGAAAGAAAGAUCUAGAUAUCAUUAAAUCAUUUGUCGAUAAUGGGAGCCCUGUGGAUAUACAGAAUCAAGACGGUCAUACAGCGCUUCAUAUAUCAGCCAUGUCUGGGGAUGAGAAUGCACUGAAGUAUCUAUAUCAGAUGAAAGCCAACCCUAACAUCUACGACAAGCUUGAUAGAUCACCUCUGCACAUAGCAGCUGAGAAUGGUAACACCGGGGUCGUGGAGCUCCUCGUUGAUAAGUUCAAAGCAAAUGUCUCUGCUCGGACCAAAGAUGGCAGCACACUCAUGCAUAUUGCAUCACAGUGCGGUCACCCCGAGACUGCCCUGGCAUUUCUGAAGAAAGGAGUCCCACUUCACAUGCCAAACAAGGCUGGAGCAGUGUGUUUACAUGCGGCUGCCAAGCGAGGACAUACUGGUGUUGUCAAGGCGUUGCUACAAAAGGGAGCAUCAGUUGAUGCAAGAACAAAGGAUAACUACACAGCUCUCCAUAUAGCAGUGCAGCAUUGCAAGCCACUGGUAGUACAGGUGUUACUGGGUCAUGGGGCUCAGGUACAACUGAAAGGCGGCAAGGCUGAGGAGACUCCUCUUCAUAUAGCAGCACGGAUCAAGGAAGGCGAGAAGGUGGCUGAGAUGUUACUCAAGAGCGGAGCUGAUGUCAAUGCUACGAUGACGAAUGGAGAGACAGCAAUGCAUAUAGCCUGUAGACAUGGCCAUAUCAAAAUGUUACAAGCAUUACUAGAGGAUGGUGCUGAUACUGUGUGCUUGUCUAAGUCUGGUGAGAAUUCAAUCCAUAUAGCAGUCCGUCACUCUCACUAUGCCAUCGUCAAGCUCCUGAUUGACUUCCUGCAUAAUGACAUAUCUAGACUGGAUGCUAUCAUGGCCGUAAACGAACAGAGUGGGGAAGGGGAAACCCCUCUUCAUUACGCCGCUGAGAUCACCCAGGAGAUGAUCCACUAUCCUGGUGAAGAUGCUGAUAUUAUGAAACUUCUUCUUGAUUAUGAGUCUGACAUCAAUAUCAUCACCAAACUGACCCAUGAGACACCAUUGCAUUACUGCGCCCGAGCCGGUAAUGCAAACAUCUUACAAACAAUGGUGGAUCAUCUAGGUCCAAACAUGACCCAGCUAGCUGUUAAUAAACAAAGCAAGAAUGGUUGGUCACCCUUACUUGUAGCUGCUGAAGAGGGCCAUGAAGAGAGUGUAAGGAUACUAUUACAGCAGAAUGCUAGGGUAGAUGUCUUUGAUGAGCAUGGUAAGGCAGCACUCCACCUAGCAGCCGAGAACGGUCACCUAACGGUAGCAGAUAUCAUGCUCUGGCAUAAAGCAUUCGUCAAUGCCAAGUCAAAGAUAGGAGUGACACCCCUCCAUCUAGCGGCACAGAGCGGUCAUAAUGAUUUGGUCAAUCUUCUCAUACAUAGCCAUGGGGCUGCUAUUGAUGCUUUAUCAUUGGCCAAGAGAACGGCUCUUCAUCUUGCGGCUCAGAACGGUAAACUUAUAGUGUGUGAGACUCUGCUCAAGCUCAAAUCUGACUCAAAUGCUGCGGAUAUAAUCAAAAUAGAUGAUAUUCAUGGGCAGACACCACUCCAUCUAGCAGCAGAGAAUGAUCAUGCUGAUAUCGUCAAACUGUUCCUUAAACACAAAUCGGAACUCGUCUCCAUGGCAAAUUCUGAGGGUAAUACUUGUGCUCAUAUAGCAGCAUCCAAAGGUAGCGUUGCUGUCGUGAAGGAACUAUUGAGGUUCAACAGGAGCGGUGUGUGUGCUACCAAGAACAAGACUAAUGACUCGACAGCCUUGCAUCUAGCAGCAGGUGGAGGUCAUAAGGAGGUUGUAAGGGUUCUCUUAGAUCACGGAGCAUCACCAACAGAGGAGAAUGCUGAUGGUAUGACUGUGAUUCACCUAGCAGCAAGGAAUGGUCACGUAGGAAUCUUAGAGGCUCUGAAGGGCAAAGUAUCAUGGAAGGCACCUAGCGUUGCAAUUGGUCUAACAGCCCUUCACAUAGCAGCUCAUCACGGUCAGAUAGACUUUGUACGAGAGAUGCUCCUCAAGGUCCCUGCUACCAUACGAAGUGAACCAGCCUCCGAACAUUGCAGUAUCAAGGAAAUCUUUGCUCAAGACCAUGGUCUGACUCCUCUUCAUCUAGCCUCUCACUCUGGUCAUGAAGGAUUAGUUCGCUUACUACUCAACUCUACAGGAGUGCAACCGGACGUCCCGACAGUAUUACAGGGUACCAUACCUCUUCAUCUUGCGGCCCAGAACGGUCACACUGCAGUGGUAGGUCUACUGCUCAGUAAAUCAACCACUCAGCUACAUGUCAAGGACAAGAGAGGGCGCACAGGUCUUCAUCAAGCUGCGGCUAAUGGUCACUAUGACAUGGUGGCACUCCUACUAGGUCAAGGGUCAGAUAUUAAUAUUUGUGACAAGAAUGGGUGGACGGCUCUUCACUUUGCAUCUAAGGCUGGAUACCAAGAUGUGGUGACUUUACUGGUAGAAAGUGGGGCUUCCCCUAAGUUUGAAACGAAGGAUGGGAAAGUCCCUAUCUGUUUCUCUGCGAGCUCCAACCAUCAUGGUGUCCUCAGCUUCCUGAUGAAGAAAGAUCACAAUACAACACACCUUAUGGAUGAUAAGAAGUUUGUGUUUGACCUGAUGGUGUGUGGUAGAUACAACAACAAUGCCUCCGUCCGAGAGUUUGUUCUACGGUCACCAGCUCCCAUCGACACAGCGGUCAAGCUGGCCAAGAACUUCAGACAUCAAUCUGUUAGGGAGAAAGAGAGGGCUAAAGAACUCUUAGAGGUCAGUUCCUUUUGUGAGACCAUGGCUGUGGACCUUAUCUCAAUCACAUCGAGUACCACUAGUCCUGGGGUGUUACUACGAGCUGUUGAUGAAAGGAAUAUUCCAUUCCUGGAUGUCCUAAUGGAAUGUCAGCAGAAGGAUGUUGUUGCUCAUCCAUCGGUCCAGAAGUACCUCUCCGAUGUUUGGGUGGGUAAUCUGAACUGGGCAAGCUGGAAGAUUGUUCUUCUCUUCUUUUUCCUGGUCAUCUUUCCUCCAAUGUGGGUCUUCUUCUCUCUUCCCCUGAAGCACCGAUUCAACAAGCUCCCCAUUAUCAAGUUCAUGACGUACCUCGUCUCCCACAUCUAUCUCAUUAUUCUCCUCAUCCUGACUACUGUCAUUACACCGUUCAUAGAGAAAUUCAUUGAAAACCCAAGUAUGAUACCAACCUGGUACGAAUGGCUUCUUCUCCUGUGGCUAUCAGGUUUGUUGGUUACAGAGAUUACCAACCCUGGUGACAGACAAGGGCUUGGUUGGAUACGUGUCAUCAUCCUGGCCUUUUCCUCAGUCGCAUGCAUGUUGCAUCUGGUGGCUGUACCGUUUGAUGACGACACCAAACGACUACUGGUCUACAUCCGCAACCAGUUCUUUGCAUGGUGUGUCCUCUUCUGCUUCGCCCACAUCCUGGAGUUCUUGUCCUUCCAUCACCUGUUUGGCCCCUGGGCGAUCAUCAUCAGAGACCUCAUCAAGGAUCUUGUCAGGUUCAUGGUGAUCCUUCUCAUCUUCUUGGUUGGUUUCAUGCUCCACCUAGCAGCUGUCUACCAACCCGUCUACCCCAAGGCAGCAAACAGCACUGCUGCAGACAACAUCAUUCAGACACCCGCAGAUACCUUUGCUAUUCUCUUCUUCUCGCUCUUCGGGUUGGUCGAACCCGAGGCACUACCAGCCAUUACUCGCCACCCAGAUUUCACCUUGACUCUGAUAAAGAUUGUGUUUGGUACAUACCUGAUCGUGACUCUCAUUGUUCUGAUCAACCUUCUCAUCGCUAUGAUGUCCGACACCUACCAGCGUAUCCAGGCGCAGUCCGAUAAGGAGUGGAAAUAUGGCAGAGCUCAGCUCAUUAGGAAGAUGAACAAGACCUCAGCCACGCCCUCUCCUCUCAACCUUUUCACCAAAAUGUACUGGUAUUUCAAGGCAGCAAUUAAACAUAAAGGUAAAAUCUGCAGCGCCCAAGCCAGAGAUCUGAUCAAUGACGAGGAGGAGUUAGAUGCACUCUCCGAUGCAAAAUCGGUAGACAUGUUUGGGCAAUCCUCAAAUUGGCUACGGAAUGUUGUCAGAAGGAAUACUCAAGUUGCUCCUGAAGAUGGUUAUCUACGUCCGAACCAAACUGACGGUCCAGUGAGGAUCGAGACCAUCGUCGACUGGGACUCUGUGGUUCAUCGCUAUCUGGCCAUCAAAGGUCAAGAAGAGGACAUUGACCUUGGGAUGACCUUUGAUGAUGACGAGAAGUCACAUGGAGGUGAAGUAAAGGAUCAGAAUGGGCAUACUCCUAAGACCAAUGGCAUCAAGAACAACCAUGUGGUGUGAGUCGGCAAGACCCAGUCUGGGAAUUUAACCUGUUGACUACUGAAUUGCAUAGAUCUUAUAGGCUUAAUGCAGAGACCACCAGGUUCCCUUGAGCAAAGGGUUAAGACCAAUGACACCAAGAAAAAAAAACAUGGUGUUGGAGUCAUCUUACAUGUAGGUGUAUUAUCACGAGUGUGGAGAUCAAUAGCAUCAAGAACAAGUUUGGUGUGUGAGUCACUCAGACCUAGACUAAGAGUCUCAAGACUAAUGUUCUUUAAUCAUUUAACUUCAAAAUGAAAAGGCCUUUUUUCUACAAUCAUAUGCCAGUGACACAGAUAUAUUACUAAUAGGGCGCUUUCGCAAAAAUGACGGAAGGCAAAGACGAUGGUAAUGCAAUCAAAAAACAAUCUGGGCAUGCGUGAACCAAAAUUUUCUCUGUCUUGUUGAUUUUCAUGACAGUACGCGGCCAUGAAAGCUUUCGUUCCCUAAACACGACGGAAGAGCUGUAUCGCCGUAAAUCUCCUGUCGUCUUUGCUUCCGUUGUGUUUGCGAAAGCGCUCUAUUACUUGAUAUCAUCUGUUGGGAACUAGAAGGGACUCAACUCAAUUCUAAAGUAUACAGGUUCUUGCCUGUUUUGCUCCAAACAGAAGGUAUGUUCAGAAUAUUCCCAGACCGUACAGAAGCUUCACUUAUUCUGCAGAAGGGACCUUUCUUUCUUAAAAGAACUAUGACAGAACAUUAUUUAGCUCAUGAAUAUAUUCAUAUGUUCUUGUUGUCCAUUUACAAACUUUGACAGUAAUUUAUUUUAAGCUAGAAUUACGACUGCAAUAUCACCUAAUUGUGAUGAGUUUUCAAGAAUGUAUACACCUUGAUGCUUUUCUGCUUGUAAAUGAACAAAAUAAUGAAAGGUUGAACAAGAGAUUUGAACACACAGAACAAUGACAUUUGACAAGAUGAACAUGGGAUACUUCUCCUAUUCAGAUCAAUUGAUUUUUAUUAUUCUCUUUAUGGGGCUUGAAAAUACUGCACUGAAAGACUGACAUUGGAGAUAGAAAAGGAGGGAAGGGCUUCACAAAGUGAGUUAAAUUGGAAAGGAAGUAAUAUAUCAGGUAUUCAAUAGCAUACAAGGAUGAAUUGACUUUAUGACAGUUGGUGUUUGCACCAAGUUGUGUAUGACCAAAUUAUCAUGAAGAGUUUGA